ACCAUUUCUCUUCAUCUCUCUCCUCACCAGCUGCAUGCCAAACCUCUGCAACUCCCAAACUACCCAUCAAAUGUCCUCUUUGGGCUGCCUCCUUCUCCUAUUUUCACCUCUGCAUCUUCUCUCCACUCUUUCUUCUUGAACAACUGCUCAAAGUAGUUAGAAGGCCUUCUGUUCCCUCAUUUUCUCUUGACCCCUUUAGAACCAGCACCGCCUGGUUCCUUUUCAAUAAUCAGGACCUAAAAGGGUCGUCUUCUGUUGCUCAAGAUUGUUUCUUUUGGCCUGAACUGGGAUGCCCAUUUCAUUUUCUCAAUGAUUCUCUUAGUUAACUCGGUCAAAGCCAUUUCUCGGUGCCUUGUGGUGCUUUCAAACUUGGACCUUGGGUUUCUAAGCUUUGUCUCUGAUCUGCUCUCAGAUCUUCGAGUCUCAGCUUUUAGUGAGUUCUGGUCUGUUUUUUCUCAUUCUCCACUGCUGUUUGGUAGAGUUCUUUGAAAGUUCAUGGUUCCUCCUUUAGUUUUUCAGCUUGGGGUUAGUGUUGACAAUUUUUUCCCUUGAUUACAUGUUAAAAGAUCGUAUAUUGUUGCAAAAGGGAGUCGAUCUCCGUAGUACCGUAGCCAGUUGGAUGUAGUUUAUUGCGGCACUUGCAACUUAUUUGGUGCUUCUAUUUCUGUGUAAUUUCUGAUAUUUAGAAAGUCAAACAAUAGAUUUUUCUGAGUUCUCUUUCCUUCUGAGUUAUUUCUCUUUGGGCGGAGAACUCAGGGAUCUUAGGUUUAAUCUCUUAUAUAUAGGGCAAUAACUUAUUGCAGUAUUUAAGGGUCUUUUUGUGUGUGUGUGUGUGUGUGUGUGUAUGGAUAUAUCAUGUCGGUAGCAUUUUGGGGCAACAAAGUUAAUAGUGUUGCCAAUUAAUUUGGGCAUAUUAGCUAUGUGAAUAAGUUUUGAAGUUGGUUCUGCUGCUUUGUUAAACCACCUCUUGGUGCUUUACGUCAAAAUGUCUGGAAAUGGUCACUGUUUUGUGGAAUGGAAGGAGGAAUUUGUUUCACAGGAACGUGGCAACCGAGUGGUACACUAUUUCUUGAAGGAUUCUGCUGGGGAAUCCAUCCUUGCAGUUGUUGGCACUGAGAGGAGUGUGAGGCACAUGUUCUAUGUUGUUGCCGAGGAGUUCGUGAAGUUGUAUGGUCCUGAGCAUUCAAUUAAUGUUGGCUUCAAAUGGAGGUCAAGAAGAGAGGUUGUGGAUUGGCUCACGUCUAUGCUUUCAAAGCAGCAUCUACAAGCAGAUCAGUCAAGUAUGUAUCAUCUAUCAUUGCCCUUUAGUAUGAUUACCCCCUUUUGUUAUCAUAG